ACAACCCAGAAAACAAAAUGAUCGCCAUUAGACGGUUGGGCAAAUGAUGCCUUUCGCCACGAAGAACAAAUUGUCCUUAGUUCGAGCCCCAGCGAAGAUCCCACACAGCAUUUUCGACCCCUGGGAACAAUAGAAAAAAAAUGUCAGCACGAAGCAGCCAUGGCAGGUGGUUCCACCCAAACCUGUCCGGGCUGGAGGCUGAGCAGAUCCUGUUGGACCAGGGCUGCGACGGUAGCUUCCUCGCCCGACCCAGCAAGUCCAAGAAGGGAGACUUCACCCUUUCUGUCAGGAGAAACGGCGUGGUGACGCACAUCAAGAUCCGCAACACAGGCGACUACUACGACUUGUAUGGCGGGGAGAACUUUGCCACCCUGGCAGAACUGGUGCAGUACUACAUGGAGAACCAGGACCAGCUAAAGGAGCGCAACGGAGAGAUCAUCGAGCUCAAGUACCCACUCAUCUGCGCCGACCCCACCACCGAGAGGUGGUUCCACGGGCCCCUGGUGGCCAAGGAGGCCGAGAAGCUCCUCAUGGAGAAGGGGAAAAACGGCAGCUUCCUGGUGAGGGAGAGCCGCAGCAAGCCGGGGGACUACGUGCUGUCUGUCCGCACCGAGGACAAAGUGACCCACUUCAUCGUGCGCUGCCAGGAGGGCAAGUUCGACGCUUGCGGGGGGGAGAAGUUUGACAGCUUGAGCGACCUGGUGGACUUCUACCGCAAGAACCCGAUGGUAGAGACGACAGGCACGGUGGUGCACCUCAAGCAGCCCUUCAACGCCACCCGCAUCAAGGCCUCGACCAUCGAGAACCGGGUCAAGCAGCUCUCCAAGGAGAACGGCCAGAACAGCGGCAAGGCCGGCUUCUGGGAGGAGUUUGAGCACCUGCAGCAACAGGAGUGCAAGCACCUGUUCAGCAGAAAGGACGGACAGAGGCCCGAGAACCGAGCCAAGAACCGCUACAAGAACAUCUUGCCAUUCGACAUGACAAGGGUCAAGCUCAAAGACGUCGAUCCUGACGUCCCUUUUUCGGACUACAUCAAUGCAAACUACAUAAAGGUGGACGACGAGAGCACCCUUGAUGGCCACAACAAGACGUACAUAGCAACGCAGGGCUGCCUGCAGAACACCAUCAGCGACUUCUGGUCCAUGGUGUGGCAGGGCAACACCAGAGUCAUCGUCAUGACCACCAAGGAGGUGGAGAGGGGAAAGCCCAAGUGUGUCCGGUACUGGCCGGAUGAAGGGCAGACCAAGGAGUAUGGCAAGUACAAGUUGCAGCACAUCUCGGAGUCCUCAAAUGCAGACUACACCCUCAGAGAGUUCUCCGUCACCAAGGAGGGAGAGGCCGAACCGAGGAGCGUCUUCCACUACCACUUCACGGCCUGGCCGGACCACGGGGUGCCGUCCGAUCCCGGCUGCGUGCUCAAUUUCCUGCACGACGUCAACCAGCGCCAGGAGUCUAUCCCGGACUCUGGGCCCAUCGUGGUUCACUGCAGUGCUGGCAUAGGGAGGACCGGCACCUUCAUUGUCAUCGACAUGAUCGUGGACCUCAUCAAGAAGCAGGGGCUGGCCUGCGAGAUCGACAUCCAGCGGACGAUCCAGAUGGUGCGCACCCAGCGAUCGGGCAUGGUGCAGACGGAGGCCCAGUACAAGUUUGUCUACCUGGCCGUGGAGCACUACAUAGAGACCCUGCAGCAGCGCAUGCAAGCCGAGCAGAAGAGCAUCAUGCUCGGCCGGGAGUACACCAACAUUAAGUACUCCGGGGAGGUGCCCACGGUGGCGGCCGUGGGGGUUCUGCCGGAGGCGGGCAGCCCCGUGCCGGCCAUGCCCGUGCCCCUGGUGCCCACCCCCGUGCGGGCCACCCUGGCGGUGCCGCCUGUGCUCACCCCCACAGCCUCACCCACCCUGACCCCGGCCUCUUCGCCCCUGACCUUGGACUCGGCCGGGGCCAAGAAGCCCGCCGUGCUGCCCCGCACCUUCCUCACUGACUCCGGCUCCUGCGUGCCAAGGCCGCCCACCGAAACGCCGCGCCAAAUCUACGAGAACAUUCCCCUGAAGGACCGGAAGUCGCCGGUGUCGUGCACCAGCUUCCAUGUUGGGCCGCCCCCAACGCCGGCACCCCCGCCACCGCCCAAGAAGUCGUGACAGGCCGACCCCUCCUCCUUCACCAGAGCCCCGCGCAUGUUUGUCUCGGAGCUUCUCCACUAGGCCGUGCGAGUGCGCUUCCGAGCGCGUGUUCGAGCGUACGAGAAGAGGAGAGAGUGGCCACAGAUUUGCACCACCCUUCCGACCCGGUGGCCGCACGGAAGCGAGGAAGGAGGGAUGGCACCCAAGAGCGUCCCUUGCUGCGUUCCGACCAUUUCCGUCGAGCUGUUGAAUGACGUUUCUUGCGCUGUUGCGAUGGCUUCGUUUUUCUUAGGUGUUCAUACCGUCCUAGUGUCCUUUUGAACAAACAUUUUGGCAUCGUUCUAGAUUGGGGCACAGGUGUGCAAAGUGAGCGACACCGGGCUCGCUUUUAAGCGUCACGUCUUGCUGGCCGGUUUCUAUCGGUCGCUGCCGUUGCGGCGUAGCAGCUUGCGAGACGCAUUGUCCAUCCCGAAACAGGACCGGGUCUCAUUGACUUGCUGGCUGCUCGCUUUCCGUCUACAGCUGUUUCAUCGUUUUUGUUCAGAUCGUCGCCCGGUGUAAAGUCAUGCCUGUGGUGCUCCUUCCUGUAUGGCUGGCACUAGUCUUUCUCCCUUUGCUUUCUUUUUUUUUUUUUCCAAUGAUUACAUUGAUGAAUUGUGCAUUUGCUGCUUCUUUGUUGUCUUAGCCGGGAACCUGGAACGUUUCAGAUAACGCAAGAGUGGUGUUGACUGUUAAUGGUGAAGGACAGUUUCCUCCACCGUAUUUUAGGUAACAGUUGUGAUACUUGAGUCUGGUUGCAUUUCUGGCUCCUAUGCCGCCCUAUCGUAAAUGGGCAUAGGAAGGACUUGUUCAAUUGUUGCACCACUUUGCCCUUGGAUUCUAUAAGUAGCCCUUUUCGGAGCACCAAACAGCUCGCAGCCCUUGAAGAGAGUGCGUCUGAGCAAUGGUACUUUGCUUUUUAUUCUGUUUUCUGCACAUCCUGGCCCCAUUGCCGAGUUAGGCGGUAGCUUCCUGCAAACAGGUGGACGCCACAGUUCACACACAGGGCACUUACCUCAAAGUUCGCCCCUCAAAGUUUGUGCAUAGGCAUUUGGUAAAACCUUCGACAACUAGUAGAAACUUAGCUGCCAGUUUUUAAGAGUUGUGGCCAGUUAGGCCACCACUACCUAUGUAUGUUAGUCUGGGCUGCCCCAGCAUAGUUCAUGCUGCAGAGUUUGUUAACUAGACAAUUUAAUACAUAGUUGUAGACAAAUGCAGUGUGUUGCCCAUUUGUGGCAUUGGAGCAUCGUGCACAUUUGUACCCGUGCUGGUAAGAGUGCAUAUUUUUCAAAACCUUACGAAAUGUUGAAACAAUGCAUCUCUCUCUGGAAUGCUCGCAUUUCACCACUGACGUGACGUUUUGUAGGUAUGUGUAUAGAUAGGACUCUGGACUCUUCAAAUGCUACUCCUAGGAUGCUGUUACCUCUCACUCAGUUGAUUGUUGCAACGGCAUUUUGUUUGCCGGUGGAAGCUCGUCCGCACGAAGGUGGAUGCCAAAGAACGGGAAGUUUUUAUGCCAUGCAGGAGAUCGCGACUAGAGUGCGAACCUGCACGCAAGCUGGAGCAGCACAUAUUUCUAGACAGCUAAGCUCAUCUGUCGCUCCUCUUUCAUUCUGAAAUGCUCACAGCACUAGAAGGCUCGCAAGUAGCACAGCGCAAGAACGACUGUGCAAAACCUCCCGCAAGCUGCAGUUUCGAGGUGCCCUCUUCCUCCUUGCCCUUAAAACAAGGGACCUGCUUUCUUUGAAAUCUAGAGAUAUACUGUCGCAGACAGCAUAAACUGAAACGGUCCUUCGUGCUUUUCUGGCAUAUCUUUAAGUUUCAGAAAGAGCUGUUGUCUAAACUAGGGAUGCAAUGCAAUGCAAAGUCAAGGUCCCAUUCUUCAGGUUGUUUGACAAAAUUGAGAAAUGCCAGAGCUUGCAGGGAACCGCCGACUCAGAAAAAAGUUGGAUUAGGUGUUUCAAGCUUAUAUUGUCUGCGGGGUAACGGUGCAGCUUUACUCUUCUAUCUUUCCCGGAAAGCGUGUAGAGGCACUCUAGGGACCCGGAAUAACAGAUAGUAGUUAUGACAUCUCUCUCCCCCCCCCCCCCCCCCCUCCUCCUUCCCCUUGGCUUGUGCUGAUGAUCUCAAGAUGCAUGUCCCCUCUCCACCGAUCGUUUGAUGAGAGAGAGAGAAGCCUAUCUUCAGCGUAGAAGGAAGGAGGCCUGCAAUCGGCAGCAUUCUGUGUAAAGUAAUACUGAAACCGGAAGUGAUAGCCGCUCCCCGUCUGCACUAUCGCCCCAGCCGCAAGGUCCGCCGGUCUUCUGCGACCGGAGCACUCGGUGGAGGCGGCCUCUCUGUGCCAGGAGAUACUCGCAGUAACAAUAAUGCGCUUACCUGUUCUCGGUGUCGCCGUGAUGAAGUGCUCAGUUCACAGUGUACCUGUGCAGACCUUUGAGAAAGCUCUGGUGUUCUUGGGGGAUUGACCUGUUUGUGUUUCUUUGUACUGUUUUAGCCCCAAAGAAAUGAUUUUUUUUUUUU